AUGGAUGAUCUCUCGGGGCUGAACUGGUCGUCGUCGGCGAACCAGCCGAACAACAAGCCGCCGCCGAUGAACCCCUCAGGUGCCAAUUACUUCGGUUCGAUGCGACCGGCCAACUCGACGCCAUCCCCGUUCCCCUCCGGUCGCAACACGCCACUGUCCGCCCAAGGCUCCGGUACGCUUGCCGCGAAACCCCCCGCUGCGAAGCCGGCCGCCGAUAGCUUCAGCAACCUGCUCAGCUUCGGCGCCGCUGGUGCUGCCAAACCGACGUCGAAGCUCACCCUGCUGGAGCAACAGCAACGACUCGAAGCGGAGAAGAAGAAGAAGGAAAAGGAGAGAAGGAAACAAGCGCAGGCGCAGUUUGGUGGGGGAUUCUUGGACACCCUCGGAUCGGGCUCCGUGUCGCGGACGGCGUCCCCGGGCAUCUUGUCCCCCGGCUCCUCUACCGGCAAGGAGGCCAGCGACGACGAUGACCUCUUUGCCGCGUUCAACUCCGAUACCAAGGUCGACAACGCCAGCUUCUACCCUCCGCCGCCCCAAAAGAGCCCCUCGCCCGCGAAUGCGCCGGGCCUGGACCUUAGCAGCCCGAGCGCAUGGAGCCAGGCUCCUAUCGCGCCCAAUAAUGGUGGAUUCGGGGACGACGAUGACCCGUUUGGUCUGAACCAGUUGAAGCCCAAGACCGCAUCUCCGGCACCGCCUCCGCCGAUGAAUGACGACGACGAUUUCCUUGGUGACCUGGCCCGUCCGGUUGAAGAGGUUCGGCGCAAACAACCUACUCCGCCGCAGCCCCAGCGGUCCGAGCCCGGAAAGCCUAUUGAGGAGUCCGACUCCAGCUCUGAAGAUGAGCGGCCGGCCCCCAGGGGCGAGAUGGCUGAAUUUGACCGAGCUGUUGCCCAACUUGUCGACUACGGCUUCACCCCUGAAAACGCCCGACGUGGUCUGACGGAGAGCGGAGCAGGCCUGAACGUGCAAGCGGCUGCCAACUGGCUUUUGGAUGAUGCGCACCGACAAGCCAAGGCAAAGGCACAAGGAAAGAAUCCCGCUGCCGCGCAGAGGAGAGGACGGGAAGAUGGCAGCAGGCAUGACGACCAGCGGAGAUCAGACAUUAGAUCCCCAGCAAGUGGCGACCCGGAUCUCUCAAAGACCGCAGCCGCCGUUGGCAAUAGCCUUUUCAAGACAGCUAAUUCUCUAUGGAAGACGGGCAAGAAACAGGUUCAACAAGCUGUCGCAGAAUUUAACCAGCCGGAGGGAGACCACAACCAGCCUAAAUGGAUGCGCUCGGCUCAAGUCGACCGCACCCAGCCCGAGAGAAGAGUGGCAGAAGCGACGGACGAGGCCAUGAUGCUGGAGUCUGGUGGUCGCCCGCCAAGGAAGGCUGGACAAUCAUCACAGUCACCGAGACCAGACGCGCCGCGGAGGACGGCGUCGCCGCGGGAUCAUUCUCCUGUGGUGUCAGCCCCUUCUAGCGGCAGAGGAACCCCCGUGCCGAGAUGGCAACAACAGGGUGGCCCAGCGGUGCCGGAUUCGAAGACCCGGGCAAGCAAGCUGGCGAUGACGGACGACAGUGCCGCAUCCUAUGUUAGUCCUCACAGGAGAAAGAAGGCCACGCCUCAGCCGGAAGCGCCGCCGCCGCAGCAGGACGAGCCUGACCUGCUCUUCGGUACUCAAGCCCCCAAGCCGGCGCAGUCACUUCCGCAGCGUCCAGCUCAGCCCUCGCAGCCAUCUAGGCCUGCCCAGCCUGCUAGACGCCCUUCCCCGCCUGCACCUAAGCUAGCACCUCGACCUGCUCGUCAAAUCCCACCGAUCACACCCGCAGCGAUACAGCAAUCUACGAAACACCGUCUCGACGGUACGGCUCAUUUCAAGCGGGGAGAUUAUGGCGCAGCCCACUCGUCCUACUCCUCGUCUCUGGCCGCCGUGCCAGCGUCGCAUCCGCUCGCCAUUGUUAUCCUUACAAACCGCGCAUUGACGGCCCUCAAGACCGGAGAGCCCAAGCAGGCCGUCGAGGACGCCGAUGCUGCACUCAAGAUUAUUGGUCCGGCAGGCGGCCAAGGCGAGCAAGUGACUGUCGUAGGCGACAACGGCGGUGAAGAGCGCCGUGAGAUGCGCGAUCUGUAUGGCAAGGCAUUGAGCCGCAAAGCCGAGGCCCUCGAACAGAUGGAGCGCUGGGGCGAUGCCCACGCCGUCUGGUCGACGUGCGUGAAGAAUGGCGUAGGCGGCCCCACUGCCAUCUCCGGCCGUCAACGUUGCCAGUCUGCCCUGGCGCCGAAACCGAAGCCGAAGCCCAGGCCUGCUGCUGCUGCUAGGCCGCGGCCGGCGGCGGCUCCGGCGAAGAGCUCCGAAGCCGUCGAGCGCCUGCGCAAGCAGAACCAGGCGGCAGCCCAGGAGGACGACGAAAAGUUUGCCCUGUCGGAGAAGGUUGAUGCCAAGAUCGCCGCCUGGAGAGACGGCAAGCGGGACAACCUGCGUGCCCUCAUCGGCAGCCUGGACCAAGUCCUCUGGGAGGGCAGUGGUUGGAAGAAGGUAGGGUUGCACGAGCUCGUCAUGGCCAACAAGGUGAAGAUUCACUACAUGAAGGCCAUUGCCAAGUGUCAUCCCGACAAGCUUCCUCAGGACGCCAGUACGGAGGUAAGGCUCAUUGCGGCGACGGUCUUUGCGACGUUGAACGAGAGCUGGGACAAGUUCAAGGCCGAGAACGGGCUGUAG